AUGGAAGUGAACCAGUUCUCUGAUCUACAGGGUGAAGAGUUUCGGCGAACGAUGCUAGGUUUUAGGCCAAUCUAUAAUACAUCUAAAGGGGGGAAUGAAAAGCCUUUAAAAUGGAUCCCGCCAAAAGAUACGGUGCAAUUACCGUUGAACGUCGACUGGCGUGAUCGCGGCGCUGUGACACGCGUGAAGAACCAAGGAGACUGCGGAUCGUGCUGGGCUUUUUCUGCGACCGGAGCGCUAGAAAGUCAGUGGUUUCUUCAGCAUAGGAAGUUGGUGGAACUUUCCGAUCAAAACGUGUUAGAUUGCUCAGGGGUCAUUCACGCAUGCAAUGGAAGCACACCGUUCGCUGCCUACGAAGGUAUAAUGGAAGAUGAAGGCAUCAAUAGUGAACGCGAUUAUCCGUACGAAGCGCAGCAAAACGAUCAAUGUAAAUUUAACCCUUUAGCAGUUGCCGCCACCGUUCAGGGCGCGAAAGCUCUGCCUCCUGAUGAGACGGUGUUAAUGCAAGCCGUUGCCUCCAUCGGUCCUAUUUCCAUUGUAAUACGAUAUAAAGAUUCAUUCCAACACUAUAGCAGUGGAGUCUAUUACGAGGCGGAAUGUUCGUGGGGGGAGCCGCAUGCUGAUUAUCAUGCAAUGUUAGUAGUAGGCUACGGUAAAACUAGCGAUGGCGUGGAAUACUGGCUGGUAAAAAACUCCUGGGGCAAGGAUUGGGGUGACAGUGGUUACAUCAAAAUGGCUCGCAAUCGUAAUAACAUGUGCGGAAUUGCUAACAUGGCUAUCUUUCCAUUGGUGCCCGUGAACGGAAAUAUAACUUUUCCAAAUAAGGUUUCGGAUAAAUUAUAA